CGAAUAAAAAAAAAGAAAAAGAGCAGGAUAUGCAAAACCGCGCGGAGAAAGCCUAUUCAUGUCAUGCUGAAGUGUCCUAACAACUGGUUGGACUGGCUUGUCCCUCUGGUGUGAUGUCAUCCAAUGGAUGAGUGGCUGGCGGCUGCGAUGCGCAUGUAUGCAGUCCGCUGCCUGAACGCAUCACAGCGAACCGCACUUGACAGCUUGCCAGGUUAGAGGGAAAAAAAACACACCGUUCAAGGGAGGAAACCAGACCUGCUGAACAUCCACCAGCCAGCCGUCAUCCGCAUCCACCCGAGAUGACAGCGUAACCGGGGCAGUAAAGCUGUAAAGAUACCCAAACACAGCCGCUUUGUGUGAAUAGGAUCUGUUGUGACUGGACAUGAAUUCGGCGGAACAGACGGUUACAUGGUUGAUCACGCUCGGGGUGCUGGAAUCGCCGAAGAAGACCAUCUCGGAUCCUGAAGCAUUUCUGCAGACCUCCCUGAAAGAUGGGGUGGUCUUAUGUAGACUGCUGGAGCGGCUCAGCCCGGGGUCCACGGAGAAAAUUUACCAAGAACCGAAAAACGACGGCGAGUGCCUGAGCAACAUAAAGGAGUUUCUCAAGGGCUGCACAUCGUUCCGCGUCGAGCCAUUCGAGGCCAGUGACCUGCUACUGGGACUUAACUUCUCAAAGGUGCUGAGCAGUCUGGUUGCUCUGAAUAAAGUGACUGCAGAUAUCGGCGUGGGCAGUGAUUCAGUGUGUGCCCGACACUCUUCAGCCCACCGCAUCAAGUCGUUUGAGUCACUGUCUUCUCAGGCUUCACUGGGCCGAUCCUCCAAGCUGCUGCAGAACCAGUUUCGCAGUCUGGACAUGUCAGAAAACAGUGGACAGCAGCUGCUGGUGAGGGCACGUUUCAACUUCCAGCAGACCAAUGAGGAUGAGCUCACCUUCUCUAAGGGUGAUAUCAUCAGUGUGACUCGUCAGGAGGAGGGCGGCUGGUGGGAGGGGAUGCUCAAUGGCAAGACUGGGUGGUUUCCUAGCAACUAUGUCCGCGAAGUCAAAGGCUCUGACAAACAAGUGUCUCCCAAGUCUGGUACUCUUAAGAGCCCACCUAAAGGCUUUGACACCUCUGCAAUCAGCAAGACAUACUAUAACCUGGUGUUGCAAAACAUUUUAGAAACAGAGACAGAAUAUUCCAAGGACCUUCAGAGCCUCCUGACGAACUACCUGCGACCUCUUCAGAGCAUUGACAAGCUGAGCAGCUCGGAUGUGGCUUUGAUUCUGGGAAACCUCGAGGAGAUCAGCACCUUCCAGCAGAUGCUCGUCCAAUCACUGGAGGAGUGCACCAAACUCCCAGAAAGCCAGCAAAGGGUGGGUGGCUUCUUCCUCAACCUCAUGCCACAGAUGAAAGCUCUUUAUGUCGGUUACUGCUCCAACCACCCCUGUGCGGUUAAUGUGCUCACCCAGUACGGUGAAGUAUUGGGGGAGUUUAUGGAGGGGAGGGGUGCAGUCAGCCCUGGGAUCCUCACCCUGACCACAGGCCUCAGUAAACCCUUUAUGAGAAUCGACAAAUACCCCACAUUGCUUAAAGAGCUGGAGAGGCACAUGGAGGAGAGUUAUCCCGACAGGCCAGACAUUCAGAAGUGCAUGGUGUCUUUCAAAAAUCUGUCUGCUCAGUGCCAGGAGGUGCGGAAGCGUAAGGAGCUGGAGCUGCAGAUUCUCACUGAGUCCAUCCGGCUGUGGGAGGGGGAUGACAUCAAGACCCUGGGCUCUGUGCUUUACAUGAGCCAGGUCUUAGUCCAGAGUCCUGGCUCAGAGGAGAAGAGUGAACGUUACCUCAUGCUCUUCCCCCACGUCCUCCUCAUGUUGUCUGCCAGCCCCAGGAUGAGUGGCUUCAUAUUCCAGGGGAAACUACCCCUGGCCACUAUGACAGUGGCCAAACUAGAAGACUGCGAAGCCCAUAAAAAUGCUUUUGAGCUCAAUGGCACGAUGUUUGACCGUCUGCAUGUGGUGUGCACCAACCAGCAGGACCUGCAGGACUGGGUGGAACACCUGACCAGACAGAUCAAACACACCACAGCCACAGCACCCAGCCACAAACCACUCACUGUUCCCUGCCACACGCUCCCAUCUCAUCCCCUCACCCCAUCCCGACAUGCUGAGGGGAGGGCCAUGACAGUGGCCCCCACCUACCACACCCUGCCUCACCCCUCCUCCCAUGGAACAUCUCACAGCACCAUGAUGUGGGGCCCGCUGGAGCCACCCAACACCCCCAAACCCUGGAGCCUGAGCUGCCUGAGGCCUGCACCUCCACUACGGCCCUCUGCUGCCCUCUGCUACAAGGAGGAUCUUAGUAAAAGUCCUAAGAGUGUGAAGAAACUCCUACCCAAGCGCAAGCCUGAGAGAAAACAGUCUGAGGAGGAAUUUGCCUUGAGAAAGAGUACAGCUGCUCUGGAGGAAGACGCCCAGAUCCUGAAAGUCAUUGAGGCAUACUGCACCAGUGCCAAAACCAGGCAGACGCUGAACUCCACCUGGCAGGGCACUGACCUGAUGCACAACCACGUGCUGGCCGACGUGGACCGGUCCUGUGUGGACUCGUCGGGUCGCCGUAGCAGCGUGUCACGGCCAGAAUUGACCUCUGACCUUUCAGAGGACUCUGACUAUGACUCCAUCUGGACCACCCACAGUUACAGGAUGGGUUCAGUGCCCCGCAAGAGCUGCAUCUCUCACCAGAACUAAAGAACGUACAGUACUGCCACGCUGUACUGUAAUGUAACGUACAGCACGUUUACCUCUUUUACCUUCAAUGUAUUAAAGGAAACUAGAUUUUUUUAAUUUAUCUAUUUAUUUUCUAUUAUAUAUUUGUUCAUUUUUUUUGGUAACUUAUUUGGUUUAUUUAUUUUUCAACAGUUUGUUUGACGAUGUUUAAAGCAUCUCCCUGUUGCCUUUGCCACUUUCCCUUUUAUGUGCCUCCUCUCUUUCUGUAGUUGUCAUGCAGUAAGUGUUAGGUAAUUCUUGUUAAUUUAUCUUGAAUGUGACCACUCCCCUUGUUUGACCAUAAAUGUGGUGGACUCUCUUGGCAGAGGGUAGAGGGAUGUUGGAGUGGAAUAUGGGAGAGGGAGAUCUAAGGGGGGAGGGAGAGAUGGGGACUGAGCUUUUCCUGUCUGAUAUUCAGAUGUAAUUCAGGAACGAGUGUAUUCUAUUUACCAUGUACUACUUCUCUCCAGUAUGUGUUUUUAGAGUAUGUAUGCUCAAACAUAGCACAGAUAUACGCACACACACACACACACACACACAGAUUCAGGCACAUAUGCCCCUGCUGCCUGAUAAUAAUAUAGCAGCAUGCAAAUGUAAUAUCCAAAUUCUUAAUGUUUUAUUUCAUUGCUGUUUCCAUAAUUUGAAGUUUUAUUCAUGUUGCCAGCCCUAAGCAGAAUAACAUUUAACAUAACCAGACCACUGCUGAAUAUUCAAAGUCCUUGCUAACUUUCAUAGUUUGUGAAACUCAGUCUGUUCUUUGUUGUAGCUGCUACAGAAAGAGGAGAUCAUCACAUACACUUCACUCUCUAGUCAAGCUUUCUUAAUAUAAGGGUUUGUUCACCUACAUUACAAACAAUAUAUUUUCAUUCUUACCUCUAGUUGUACCUAACUAUGCAGAUAAUUUUGGUUUUAUUUGCCCAGGUUUUGAAUUAUCUUCCUAGACCUAAUUCAGUUUAUGUGAAUGGGAUUCAAAUGUGUUUCAAAGCUUCAAAAAAUGACAUUUUAAAAAAUGAACCACCUCAGUCUGUCUGCAGUUUUACUUUCUACUUAAGAAUGUAUGGUCUGAAUGAAAAAAAAAAAUGAAAGGGUGUUCAAUAAGGACAUAUUGUGGAACUUUGAAAUUCAUCUUUUCAAUCUUGUGAGCAAAGAAAAGGAGGUAGAGAGCCUGGGCAAACUGCAUGACUAGAUACCACCACUGGAGUGAAGUAGAAUAAUAUGUUUUGUUUGUAUUUUUUGGUGAAUUGGCCCUUAUAACAUUUAAUUUAAUAAUUUACUGUGUUGUGUAGUCUCCUAAGCAUUAUCCUUUAAAGUCUGAUCUCAGAUUCAGUAAUGUCACUGUCUGUCAGUGGUUCCACAGGGUUGCAUUUUACAGUGUAUUACGUUUUAAAUCUCAAGUUACUCCAUUAACGAAAUAAAAAGAUUCAUAUAGAACCAGGCAUAGCAUGCCCGUCACACUAAUAACCUAACCUAAUACAGCUACAGUCCUGUAAUAGAAAUUGAAUAUAUGUGUUUGAUAGGGAUAUGGUUUCUGCUAGUUGAAGGAAUAGUUUAACAUUUUGGGAAAUACACUUCUUCGCUUUCUUGCUAAGAAGUUGAUGUGAAGAUGUGAAGCUGACCUGUGCUAACCAGCCUGCAUCUCGCUUCACAUUUACCACACAGACAUGGGAGUGGUAUCAAUUGUCUUAUCUAACUUUUGGCGAGGAAGCUAAAGAGACAAUUUUCCAAAGUUUUGAACUAUUUCUUUAAGGCGUAGUUGUUGCCUGCUCUGACAAUUUGACAUGGUUAGUGUAAUGUAAGAAACAAAUAUCCCUCUUAUCACAACAAAUUAGCACCUAUGCUACAGCUUCACAAGUCAGACAUGCCUUUGUGUUGUCUGGCUUCUGAGGUUUCCCAUACUAUCUUGCAUUAAUGACUAUUUUUAUGAAGAAGUAUUUUUCCAGUAUUGGUAUUAAAAGUACAGUUUGGCAUCCACUCAGAGUCUAUCUCCUCUUACAUUAAGCAAUGUGAGUGACAUAUGGAAUAUACUAUAGGUCCAUUUUACAGUACUAUUUAAAGUUUCUGAAAUGAUUUCUUUAUUGUAUUCAUUAUUUUGUAUACAGGCAUUUUUUAUUUAUAUGUUAUUCUGUAUGUCAAUGUUUACAAAAUAAUCCCUGGAAGAAUCAUUUGUUUUUUUUUUUUUUUUCUUUUUCUUUCUUUUUUUUUUUUUUUUUUUUACAUUUUAUUGGUCUGUAUCAAAGUUUACACUGAAAUUAUAACAUGAAGUGUUUGAAUUAUUUUGCACAAUCAUGUAACGGGCCUGUGGGUGGGAGGGGGGGUUAGAAUCUGUUAAAUUCUGUACUUUUUGUCGUCUACCUAGAGUGUGUAUGAUAUAAUCCUAAAGGUAGACUUAAGUAUUCAGUGUUACUGUAAAGUAAAUGCUCAUUCGUAGUGUAAAUGCUCACCCUCGAUGUGAUGAUUUGAAAGCAUUGGAGGGUUAAAAAAAAAGGCAAAAAAAGACAGAGCCCGUGAUUAUACGGGAACAUUUCUAUGUGAACUAUUCAUUCAACCUCAGAAUACUGUCAGAGUGGACUUGAAAUAUGAAGAGCACAUAGUCUCCCUUUCUGUAAAUACUAGUUGUCAUGGAAUGAGAAAAAAAAAAUCCAUUCUACCUUCUAUGAGUAUUUGAGCUAAGAAUAUCACUGUCCUUAUAUCAUGUGCUAUACUUUGUGACAGGUGUAUUCUGUGAUUUAAGAAAUUAAGCCAAACUGUGGGACAGGCAGGGUGAAGAGACUAACUGUCUUUGACCAACAUUCUCUCUGUGUGCUCCAAUGCUGUAUUCAGUUCACACACGUGACCAUGUCUUAUCUGCAAACAGCGCCUUCAGUGUAUUUGUUCUACACUGCUGAAGUGUUCAAGUCCCAAACGCUGUAUUAUGAGUUUUGAAUAAAUCUGUCAUUUGGUA